UGUUUAAAAAUAAAGUUUUAGGCCAAUUUCCUUGAGUAUAAAAUAAAUGACAUAAAUUGAACAACGAAAACCACUUAAAGGCAUUUCCCACGCAGCCGUCGGCUUUGUUGUUGGCUGCCUUCAGCAAUAUCCAGAUAUAUAUUUGAUCGAUCACAGGAUGACUUACGCGCCGCAACAACAACAAAAGCAACAGCCACAGCCAGAAGAUCGAAUUUGUAUAGCAGCCAAUGCCAGACGGGUUAUCAACAUCCGUAAAAGAAAAGAGAAAAAAAUGUAUUAAAACCCCAACAACGUUGCAACAGCCAAACGGUGCUCAAAUGGUGAUUUCUUCCUGCCAACGGCCAGCGGAUAUCCGUGCGGAUUUUACUAUAAGAUCUGCAACAGCAACAACAGCAACUACAACGAGAGCCACAACAAGUUGUGCAAUUAGAGCAGAGCUGCUCGAUCGACUAGGAGAGGCUGGCAAAUUGAUGCCACUGCCACCACCAAAGCCGCAUCACUAUCAAGCAUGUAUUUUAUUCCUGUCUACAACUAUUUGAACGCCCGAAGGCAGCAGCAGAUUUGAAUCGAAUUGAAUUGAAACUCAAACACUUGGAAGCAGAGAGAGAGCGCCCGAUCAUCAUUGAGGACGUGCCACAGAAGAGUUGAAGUUGCACGUUAGCAGGCAACAGUUAUGAGAGAGAAAGACCACUCACCAAGAAAGAUGCUUCCUAGCCCGAAACAGGGCUGCGUUUACCCUGCCUUAGGAUUAGUACCCACAUCGUAUAUAUCACACGUACCUUACGACCUGGCAGCCGCCUCGACGACAUCCUCCUCCUCCUCCUCAUCCUCCGCAGCAGGCACUGGCACGACGACGACCACCACGACGGCGGCCAGGCAUCAGCAGCACCACCAGCAGCAGCAGCAGCAGCAACUGCACCAUCAUGGGGGCAAGGCCAAGAGGAGGAGCAGCUACGACCAGCCGCUGGACCUGCGGCUGGCGCACAAGCGGAAGACGGACCUGGGGGAGCCCGGCAGUCCCAUGGAGGACGAGAACAGCAACCUAAUCAUGUUCGCCAGCGAGCUGGCCGCCGCCCAGCAGAAGGAGAAGGAGCUGAACAACAACCACAUAGCCGCCUCGCUGGCGGACCUGGGCUUCGACAUGAGCCGCAAGAUGCUGCGGGCGCUGCGGGAGGGAGCGGGCAGCGGGGGGGCCACCACUCCGCUGGGUGCACCGCCGCAGUGCGCGGUGCCCGCGGUGCAUCCCACACUGCUGGAGGCCAUGACCAAGACGCUGCCGCUGCAGUACAGGAAUGUCUUUGCGGGAGUGCUGCCGGGCAAGGCUCCCACCACUGCGGCGGCCUCGACGAGCCCCACGGGCGCUGAGUUUCCCUUCCGGCAUCCGCUGAAGAAGUGCGAGCUGACAUGGCCACCGCCCACGGAGCAAUUGCAGCUGGAGCUGCCAGGAGGAGGAGGUGUGGCUGGUGUGGGCCCUGGCAGCGGCGGCAAGACGGCGGCGCCACAUCCCCAGCUGCAGGACUAUCAGACGCGCCAGCACUCGCGGAAGAGCAAGGCACGAGCUCCGGCGGCCACGGGUGCCGCCGGGCCAGGAGCCGCCACGCCGCCGCAACGCAACAAGGAUCGGUACACGUGCAAGUUCUGCGGCAAGGUGUUCCCACGCUCCGCGAACCUCACGCGCCACCUGCGCACCCACACGGGCGAGCAGCCGUACAAGUGCAAAUACUGCGAACGUUCCUUCAGCAUCUCCUCGAACCUGCAGCGCCACGUGCGCAACAUCCACAACAAGGAGCGGCCCUUCAAGUGCGAGAUCUGCGAGCGCUGCUUCGGCCAGCAGACGAACCUCGAUCGCCACCUGAAGAAGCACGAGUCGGACGCGGUGUCGCUGAGUGCCUUGAGCGGGGUGAGCGAGCGGAUGCACUGCAUCCGACGCUUCUGCGAGAAUCCCAGCGAGGAGUCCUACUUUGAGGAGAUUCGCACCUUCAUGGGCAAGGUCACCCAGCAGCAGCAGCAGCAGCAGCAACAUCAUCACCAGCAGCAGCAGAAUCACCAUCAGUCAGUGACCACGCCCCGCAGCUCGGCCUCCAGCUCGUGCUCCUCCUCGCACACGCCCACCUCCUCGCGGCACACGCCCACGCAGUCGGACACAUCGGAGGCCCUGGCCCAAGAGCUGCGGCGCCUGCAGGCGGAGCGCAUCAAAGUCGGCGAAGACAGCAAUGAGGCAACAGCGAGAACCACAAGCCCAGAGGCAGCGGCAGCGGCAGAGGAGGAGGACUCCAAGCCCAGCCUCGAGACGCUGACAUCCAAGCUAUUUCCCACUACGCCAUCAGCCAAUGCUGCCGAUGCUGCUGCUGCUGUCACCGUCAAAGAGGAGCCGCAGCAUCCCUAAUGGCCAGCCACCAACAAUAAUUUCAACAUACUUUUCCUACUACAUAAUCGAAGAAACUACACACAAACGGAACGGAACGGAACGGAGCGGAGCGGAACGGAGCGGAACGGAAUGGAGAACGUAAUGAAACGAAAGAUGAUCCCUAAACUAUAUCUAAAACCAUUUUUGUCUUUAAAGUCUAGCUGUAAAUAUCUUAAUCCUAAUAUCUUAAAUGUUCUUUAUGUGUAAAUGUAAUUGUACAAACAUACAAAUUGGCAAAUCCACAUAUCUAUCCAUAUAUAUACAUCUAGCAUAUGUUUAAUCUACGAUUAGAUAUGUCUUAAGCAUUGGUAUUUGUUGUGUGUAUAUAAAAUACAAAACGGACACGAUGGAAAUGUAUGAAAAACAGGAAAAGAAUUCAACAAACAAGCGCAGCAAACUGUUUGAAAUAAAAAGUUACAAGUUUUUAAAAUUUACUAAAA